AUGGUAAAGGUAGCAAUAAUUACUUACUCCACCUAUGGGCACAUAGAUGUUCUGGCGCAAGCUGUUAAGAAAGGUGUAGAAGCAGCUGGUGGUAAAGCAGAUAUAUACAGGGUUGAGGAAACUUUACCUGAUGAAGUACUUGCCGAAAUGAAUGCACCACAAAAACCGGAGGACAUUCCUGUUGCUACUGAAAAGACAUUGCUCGAGUACGAUGCCUUUUUGUUCGGUGUUCCAACUAGGUUUGGUAGCUUGCCAGCCCAAUGGUCCGCCUUUUGGGAUAAAACCGGUGGAUUAUGGGCAAAGGGCUCUUUAAAUGGUAAGGCUGCAGGCAUAUUUGUGAGCACUUCCACUUAUGGUGGUGGUCAGGAAAGCACUGUUAAAUCUUGUUUGUCUUACUUAGCUCAUCAUGGAAUUAUCUUCUUACCACUGGGUUACAAGAAUUCCUUCGCUGAGUUAGCGAGCAUAGAGGAAGUGCAUGGUGGUUCUCCAUGGGGUGCUGGUACUCUUGCAGGCCCUGAUGGUUCAAGAAGUUCUUCUGCUCUUGAACUAAGAAUUGCUGAAAUUCAGGGUAAAACAUUCUAUGAAACUGCUAAAAAACUCUUCCCUGUGAAAGAAGUCAAAUCGACCACUGAAAAGAAGGCUACUGCGCCUGAUGCUGCUAAGAGACAAACCAAACCUGCUGCUACGGCUGCAACUACAGAAAAGAAGGAAGAAAAAGGGUUGUUAUCAUGUUGCACUGUCAUGUAA